ACACAACUAAUUUCAUCCUCAUCUAAUGGUAAAUCUAAUCCUAAACCUUUGCACGUAGGCUAAGCCACCCAUGUCCACUUAGUUUCCUUCCUGUCUGAUAUGAGAGCUUCCUGUAUUUAGAUAUUUUAAAACUCACACACACAGAGCUGUACAUUUCAGGGUAGAGAAACACACUGUAACAUUCAGAUACACACAAACCAAGAUAACAGAGAUGGCCUUGUCUGUCAGUGAAGGGGAUUCUGAAAUCAUUGAGGUUGAAACAAACCUUUCUGAGGAUCUAGCAAACUAUGUCAAUAUGAAGACAAACACAGCAAAAAAAACAGAGGCAGUCCAAAAAUCAGGUCCUGCAGGUAAAAUACUCUACAUACUGGUUGGUGUCAGCUUUGGGCUGAUGUGUGUUCUGCAAGUCACUCUGAACAUCUCCUGGCGUCUUGCCCACUCUAACAUCUUAGAGGAACAGAUAAUACGAGAAUGGAGGAAGUUUAACUCCAGCUGGUACUACAUCUCCAACGAGUAUAAAACUUGGGAAGACAGCAGACAGGACUGUCUGAAGAGAGGAACGGACCUGGCAGUCAUAAACAGCAAAGAGGAACAAGUGUUUAUCAGUCAACUGAACACCAAGCCCUGGAUUGGUCUGACUGACAAGGAUUCUGAGGGGACCUGGAAAUGGGUGGACGGAACCCCACUGACCACAGCGUUCUGGUUUACUGAAGAGCCUAAUGAUGGAGCUGUGAAUGGAGAGGACUGUGUCAGCCUUUAUUACCAUACCGAGUCUGUGCUGAAGAACUGGAAUGACCUAGCAUGUAACACAGAGUUGAUGUGGAUCUGUGAGAUUGUAAAUGGCUCAUCCACACACAUUCUGUAAAUACACACAUGCAGGGAGACACACACACACAUACACUACACACACAUACACUCACUCACACGCACAGCUUUGUUUUCGUGAAUUAUCAGGACUUUCUAGGAAGUAAAAAUGUAUAUACACCCUUAGAGAUAGCGUUUUACAAUACAUGUAUUCUUAUUUGUUGUUUUUAAUACAUUAAUUACAA